AUGAACUACAGUGUUAGUUCCGUAAACUAGUUAAAGUGGAUAUGAUAUUACUAAUGUGAAGAAUUAGGUUUUAUUUUCGUCUUACGAAAAGGGAAGUGACUCUAUAUCCCAUAAACCUUUGCGUUGGGGGUUGUCUCCUCCCCUCAGCUGUGAAGCCAAGUAAACAAACUGGGGGAGGAGUAGUAACAAGCAGCAGGGACUUUGCAGGCUCUGGGCUUUCGGGGGAAUUUUUAUAUCGUUUAUAUCAGUUUUAUACAAUUUAUAGUAUUCUGUUUCCUAAGAAUUUGUAAUACUUUGCUAUCCUGAUCUUCAUUACAUUGAAUUUUUAAGACAGCUUUGGCUGAACGAGUUAGCUCUAAGCUGGCUAACGUCUGCUCAGACAUACUUCGGUAUUUCGGUAGCAAGUGACAGUCAGUUAACAAGCUGUACGAAAAAUAGCUAGAUAAAGGACUAAAGUUACCUCUGAAGCAAUACUGUAUGAAAAACUAUUGUUGACAUUUUAAUCGGAGAGUUUGAACAGCAAUAUUUCUAUAAAACAUUGCCAGCAACCUAGCUACAUCCAGGAUGACGGCAGUGCAGCUUAUUAAUAUCCAGAGGUUAUUGGAAGCUGCGGAAUAUCUUGAAAGGAGGGAGCGAGAAUGUGAACACGGGUAUGCUUCGACGUUUCCAUCAGUUCAAAACACGAACUAUCAGAGACAAAGGAAAUUUCGAAAUAAAAAGUUUAACAACAAUAACAACAACAACCACAACAGGUCCACACACAACGAGCUGGAGAAGAACAGGCGAGCUCACCUCCGGCUGUGUCUGGAGCGAUUGAAGGCACUUAUACCCCUGGGACCCGACUGCAAUCGGCACACCACGCUGGGACUGCUCAACAAAGCCAAAUCGCACAUUAAGAAACUUGAAGAAGCGGACCGGAAGAGCCAACACCAGCUGGAGCACUUGGAGCGAGAACAGCGCCACCUACAGCGCCAGCUGGACCAGCUGCGAAUGUCUGGUACGGGAGAUGGAGAGAGGAUACGAACGGAUAGCGUAGACUCCACCCUGUGCUCUGACCGCUCCGACUCGGACCAAGAGGAGAUUGAGGUGGACGUGGAAAGCACCGAGUUCUCCCAUGGAGAGCUGGACAGCGUGAGCACGGCGAGCACCAGCGACCUGGACGACCACAGUAGCCUGCAGAGCACGGCGAGCGACGAGGGCUACUCCAGCUGCAGCGUCAAACUGGCCUUCUCCUCCUAGAGCCUCCCUCCUCCCGCCCCCCCGGGGGGCCUCAGAGCCACGCCCAACCACACCCGCCCGCCCGCGCGCGGGGCGACCAGAACACCACCCGACCACAGGCCCGACGCCGUCGCGGCUCUAGCAGCACAAACCCAUCCUUAGAUUCCGCAACCUUCCGCUUGCUCCACGUUCGUUUCUUAGCAGCACCGGGGGGAAGGAGAGGGAGGGGCAGAGGAGGGGAGGA